AUGGAUUUACCUGAGUGCAAUGACACUCACUGGAAAUCCAAAUUUAUAGAUGGAUUACCCGCCCUUUUUGCAGAAAGAGUUAGAAAAGCUCUUAGGAAUGGGAAAGCUAGUAUCAAUUAUGAUAAUUAUACUUAUGGAAAGUUAAUAGGAACGUGUAUGCAGGAAGGUUUAGCCUUAUGCAAUGAGAUCAAGCUGAAUCAGCAAAUUAAGAGACAUGGUCUAAAUGAGAGACAACAAUUAGGAGAAUUCUGUGGACAAUUUGUUAUGGAUAUUCCACAGACUAAAGCACCUCAUAGGCGAAAGAAAAAAAAUAAAUAUUACCAAGGAUGGAAAGAAAAACACUUGCAAAAGAAAGCAAGGUGGAAAAAAGAAUUCAAGAAAAGAAAGGAUCAUGUUAAAUCCAAAAAUCCAAAAGCCUGCUAUAAAUGUGGCAGAGUUGGUCAUUUUUACAAAAAUUGUAAAGUCAAGGAAAAGAUUAAGAACCUUGAUAUUGAUGAUGACCUAAAAGACUCUUUAUACAAUAUUUUAUUAAAUUCAAAACCGGAAGAUUCUAGUUUUGAGUCUGAAAAUUCGGAGGACACUUCAUCAAAUGAAGAUCUUAGAGUGCUUGAAAAUGAGAGUUAUACCUCUACCAAUUUAGAUGAAGGAUAUACUAAUAUCAAUGUUUUAGACGGUAAUAACCUUGUGGAUUUGUUAAAGAUUAUUAAAGAUCCAGAGCUUAGGUCUCAAAUUAUUGAUAAAGUGAAUGAAGCACCCAAGAAGCCAGAAAUUCAGACUGCUAUUCAGAUACAAGAAUCACCAGGUCCAUACACCAUAUCAUAA